AUGGGCUUCCCAGCUCAUGACAUGCCGUGCCAGGCGCGAAUCCUUUUUCUGGCUGCCAAUCCGCCAAUUCUUUUUAUUUUCGCCCUCCUCUUUUUCUCUUUUCUCUUUUCUUUUUUUUUUCCUUCCUCCAACCCUCUCGUCGUCCGUGCCUUGGUUCGUCUCGUCUCUCCAGAGCAGUUUCUGCGUGCCUCUCUCGCCAAUCGUCAAUCUCGCCCAUCGACAAUCCAGGCUACCCCGUCUUUUUUUUCUCUUCCAACCUUUUCGCUAAGCAACAAGACAAAAAAAGACCCUUUCUGCCUUCAUCCUCUGCACGUCUCACGUCUCACCCAACAGACAAAGCAAGCUCUCCCCUCAGACACAAUGGCCGCCAUCGACAAGCAACUCAUUGCCGCCCGGGAUGUUGCCUCCCAGCUCAUGAAGCGAAAGAACUUCGCUGCUAGAGAGCCUGGUGUCAUUGUCGUCUUCUGCAUUGUCUUCAUCGUCAGUGUUGGUGUCCUUGGUCUCCUCAUCCACAAGUGGAUCCAGAGGAGAAAAGCCGCCACCAAGUCUCAGAUCUAG